AUGCAAUUGGCAGAAAAGUUUGCUGGGCCCGCUGACAGAAUUCGUCAUAUCCUUGACAAGGGACCCAAGUUUCACAAUGUUUACGUUAUUGCUAUGAUUUCGUGUAUCUCGGGGAUGAUGUUUGGUUUUGACAUUUCGUCUAUGUCAGCCUUCGUUGGUAUCAAACCUUACCUUGAGUACUUUGACUCUCCUAGUUCUGAGAUGCAAGGUUUGAUCACUGCUGCUAUGUCGCUUGGGUCGUUAUUUGGUUCCAUCACAUCCGCUAUUAUUUCUGAACCAUUCGGGCGGAGACCGUCGCUUUUAAUUUGUUCUUUUCUUUGGAUGGUUGGUGCCGCCAUCCAACUGUCGCUGCAAAACCGGGCUCAAUUAAUUUGUGGUCGUAUUAUUGCUGGUUGGGGUGUGGGUUUCGGUUCAUCCGUUGCUCCUGUCUAUGGUUCAGAAUUGGCCCCCAGAAAGCACCGUGGUACUGUUGGUGGUCUUUUCCAAUUUUCGGUCACCCUCGGGAUUUUGAUUAUGUUUUACAUUGGUUUCGGUCUCGGUAAGAUCCACGGUACUGCGUCUUUCCGGAUUGCUUGGGGUAUUCAAAUUAUUCCCGGUUUGUUCUUGUUCCUUGGUGUUUUCCUCAUCCCCGAAUCUCCUCGUUGGUUGGCCAAGAGAGGUUACUGGGAAGAUGCUGAGAGAAUUGUCGCCGAAACUCAAGCCCACGGUAACAGAGAGGACCCUGAUGUCAUUAUCGAAAUGUCAGAAAUCAAGGAACAAAUCUUGGUGGAAGAAGCUGGUAAGAACUUCAAGUUCAUUGACUUGUUUAACAAGAAGUACCGGUUGAGAACUUUCACUGCGGUUAUGGCUCAGGUUUGGCAAGAAUUGACCGGUAUGAACGUUAUGAUGUAUUACAUUGUUUACAUUUUCGAGAUGGCUGGUUACACUGGGGAAAGUGCAAAUCUUGUUGCUGGUUCCAUUCAAUACAUUUUGAACUGUGUGACGACAGUUCCUGCUCUUUACUUGAUGGACAAAAUUGGGAGACGUCCUCUCUUAAUUGGUGGUGCGAUUAUGAUGAUGGCAUGUCAAUUUGCUGUCGGUGGUAUCCUCGGUCAAUACUCGGUGCCCUUCCCUGACUCAGGUUCACCCUCCGUCACCAUUAAGAUUCCUGCCUCAGAUGGACCUGCUCAAAAGGGUGUCAUUGCUUGUUGCUACUUGUUUGUUUGUUCGUUCGCCAUGACUUGGGGUGUGGGUAUCUGGUUAUACUGCUCUGAAGUUUGGGGUGACUCGGCCUCGAGACAAAGAGGUGCCAGUUUGUCGACUGCGGCCAACUGGGCUUUCAACUUUGCCAUUGCCAUGUACACGCCUAUUGGUUUCCAAAACAUUUCGUGGAAAACUUACAUGAUCUAUGCCACUUUCUGUGCUUGCAUGGCGGUACACGUCUUUUUCGGUUUCCCCGAAACCAGAGGUAGGAGAUUGGAAGAAAUCGGUCAAAUGUGGGACGAACACGUGCUUCCUUGGAAGUCAAGCAGUUGGCAACCAUCGAUGCCGAUUUUGAGCGACGCGGAGUUAGCAGCCAAGAUGACUCAAAACAACGAGGAGCACAUCGAAAAUGCGGAUCUCAUGGGUUCGCAACAAUCCACUUCGGAAGAAGAGAAGGAACACGAGAUUGCCCACAAGGUGUAA